AUGACGGAUCUUGCACGCAUUCUGCCGCAUUUCCCAGCCAGUCAAUAUGCGAAUCUCAUACCGAGCCUGGAGAAGCACCAGGUCACGACGAGUGAGCUACUGACGCUCGAGGCAGCCGACAUUGGCAAGCGAACGCAGCUGCCUCUAUUAGACGUGAAGAGGCUAUGUAGUGCCGUUUUGGCCGCGCUGCAUGCAGAUCUGGGCGUGGAAAAUGGGCAGCCCGACGCGGCAUCACGGGCAGGCAAUGACGAGGACCUUGGGGCCCUGGACGAGACACCACAACAACCCCGGUGGCCUAAAAUCAGCACACUCGACCCUGUCAUCGAUGAAAUACUCGGUGGCGGCAUACAGACAGGUCACAUCACGGAGCUGACCGGUGAGGCUGGAGCUGGCAAGACGCAGUUCCUUCUCACCUUGCUUCUCGCCGUGCAGCUCCCGCCGCCCCAUGGAAUCGGGCGUAAUGCGCUCUACAUCUCGACCGAGGCAUCACUGUCAACACGGCGUCUUACACAGAUGCUGAGAAACAAUCCUGUCUUUACGUCUCAUUCCAUUCCUUUUAGUGAGAGACCUUCGCUCGACAACAUCAUCAGCACCACCACGCCAGACCUCGAAUCCCAGGAGCACAUCCUCACCUAUCAAGUGCCAGUGGAGGUGGAGCGCCGCAACAUUGGCCUCAUAGUGCUCGACAGCGUGGCGGCCAACUACCGGGCCGAAUUCGACCGCUCAGUCAGGCACGACUCGGGAGCGCUCGGCACGGCGGGCGAGGGCGGCAAGAGCGUCGGCCAGAACAUGGGCGCCCGAAGUGCGGAGCUCGUCCGGCUGGGAACUCUCCUGCGGGACCUGGCGAGGAAGCACAACAUUGCCGUGGUAGUGUCGAACCAGGUUGCGGAUCGGUUCGAUCGAGCUGGAAGCCCGGCGUUGCCUAGGAACCCACCAUCGGGCUACGGUAAGACCGCCGCUGCGGGUGGCUUAAGGAGACAUCAGGAGAGCUCGCCCUUGGCGGCACGGAGUAAGAAUCCGGAUCAGCCGCCUCUGCCACACGUCGAGCCUACGUCCUCGAUGGCUGACGCGCUGCCGGCGUCGAGUAUCCCGUACGGUGACAACGGGGAGGAGGAGCCUCCUGCCCAGGCACGGCCGCCACCACCGCCCAUGGACGAGAUUGUUCAGAUGCCCGCGCCGCCCGCGCUCAACUUCGACCAUCAGCAGAGAUGGUUUACUGGGUGGGGGGAUGAGCCGUGGCCCUCAUCGACACAGUCACUAAAGACGCCAAGUCUGGGACUGGUCUGGGCAACUCAGAUAGCUUGUCGAAUUGCCUUGAUCAAGGCGCCGCGAUACGGCAAGUCAAGAUAUUCCAUAGAUGACGACGCCGGUGGGUCCGUGAUGCCCACGGUGAAGACGUGGAGGAGGUGGAUGAAGAUCGUCUUCGCACCUCAUGUCGCUGCCACGGGACCAGGGCUGGAGGGAGCGGCUGAGUUUGAAAUAACCAUGGGUGGACUGAAAGGUGUAGUCAGAUGA